AUGACCAACAUCGGCAAAGCCUGCGAGGCAUGCCGGGCCCGCAAGACGAGAUGUGACGGCAAGGAGCCGUGCGCGCGGUGCCUCAACCGGAGCGUGUCGUGCGUCUACCGCUCCCGGACUCGGAACCGGCCUCGCAAGUCCCAGACGCCGGCGGCGGCCACGGCAGCAGCAGCAGCCUCCUCGUCGUCCUCCUCCGGGGCCAGUAACCCGGACGUCGAGACGCCGCCGGCGCCGGAGCCCCGGGACAAGGACAAGGACAAGGACAGGGACAAGCCGCGGGACGACAAUAGCUGGGGCUUCCACACGCCCCUGACGCGCCGCGAGGAGGUGGCCCAGGUCGGCCCCGGGCUGGACCUGUUCCAGAACCGCCAGCUCUUCUUCGGCGACCUGGCCGACGGCAGCAAGGCGCCCCUGAUCUCGAGCGACUACUCGGCCAUGUUCCUCGACAAGGAGCUGUGCGGCCGCGCCCUCGAGCGCUACCUGUCCACCUUCUGGCACCUGCUGCCCAUCCUGACAAAGGACGACUUCCGCCGCCGCGCCGACCUGCUGUCCGCCUCGCCGGGGCUCUUCUCCUUUGACGCCCCCGACGCCCAGUUCCAGCUCGAGCGGUCGCGGCCGCACUCUGCCUUUCUCUACGUCGGCGUGGCGUCGAGAAAGGCCGUCGCCGCGGGUCUGCAUAGGGGGAUCAGCAUCAGGGGCCAGAUGCGAGACUGUCUGCAGCGCCGGCUGACGUUUUGGAGCCUGUUCAUCAUGGAGACCUGGGUCUGCUUCUGCCUCGGACGCCCGACGUCCAUCUCCGAUCCAGGCGGCGGAGUCCCCGUCCCGGCCGAGGAAAAGUUCAUCCUGGCGCUCGUCAGGCUGGCGAGGCUCAUAUCGAAAUGCGCGGCUCGCAUCUACAACCAGCAUCACGAGUCGCUGCUGCACAUGUGGAAUGCCGCCACGGAGCUUCGCCACGAGCUGCAGGCGUAUGCGGAGGAGCAGCUCCUCGACAUCCACCUCGACAUCCAGGGAGAGCCGGGGACGGGCGAGUGCGGGUUCUGCAAGACCAUCAUCGCCUCCAUGUAUCACCACGUUCAGCUCCUCAUGUUCCGCCCCUUUUUGGUCCUCCGCGGAAAGCUCAGGACUCCCGCGCCGCAGGUCGGCGCCGAGUCGUGCGACAAGCUCCGGGAGCUCACAUGGCUCGACACGGCAUGCGAGUAUUGCCUGGAGCCCGCCCGCCAGAUCAUCAAGUACAUCAACAAGUCGUGCGAGAUUAACGACCUCUGCAAGGUGCCGUCUUCCGAAACCAAAUACUUCUCCUUCUUCCUCGAAGGCGCCUGCUACGUCCUAGGCUUCGACAUGCUCCAGGACAAGUGCAAGGUCGAAGCCCACCUCCCCUGGCUGCACGUCGCCCUCGACUGCCUCUCCUCCAUGUCCCCCACCAACGAAGCCUCGCCGUCCCAGAUCCAGAUCCUCAUCAAGGCCAUCAACCGCAUCCUC